AUGUCUGUUAAAUACAAUUUCACGGGUAAAGUGGCGCUAAUCACGGGCUCGAGUGGAGGUAUCGGUGCCGGCAUUGCCGUACAGUUGGCCCAAUCGGGUGCCAGUGUUGUGGUCACCGGUCGUAAUGCAGACAAAGUGGCAGAAGUGGCCAAACAAUGUCUCAAUGUAUCGCCGAAAGGGAUUAAACCUCUGGAAGUGUUGGCGGAUGUGACCGAUCGGGAAGAUCUCAGACGUCUGGUCGACCAGACUAUCGGACGGUUCGGUAAACUGGAUAUUGUGGUCAAUAACGCGGGCGCCCUCUUCUACGGCAACAUUACAGACGAUAACUUUUACGACAAUUACAUAAAUUUAAUGUCUGUUAACUUGGAUUCUGUCGUCUAUUUAACGCAUUUAUGUGUCGAGUAUUUGGAGAAAACUAAAGGAAAUAUCAUUAAUAUCUCGAGUAUUAAUUCAAUGCGAACC